ACAGCCGGAAGUUUCUAUCCGUGGGUCUUCAGAAAGAGAUAACCUGAGGAGUGGGCUACAGCUGGAGUACUCAGUCUUUUUGUAGGUACUGACCCUUGACCUCGGGGUGCUACCUCAUCCCUCAGGCGUGAUGGCUACGGGCGCAGAUGUACGAGACAUUCUAGAACUCGGGGGUCCAGAGGGAGAUGCCGCUUCUGGGACCAUCAGCAAAAAGGAUAUUAUCAACCCGGACAAGAAAAAGUCCAAGAAGUCCUCAGAGACACUGACCUUCAAGAGGCCGGAGGGCAUGCAUCGGGAGGUCUAUGCUUUGCUUUACUCUGACAAAAAGGACGCACCCCCACUGCUUCCCAGUGACACCGGUCAGGGGUACCGGACAGUGAAGGCUAAGUUGGGGUCCAAGAAGGUCCGACCUUGGAAGUGGAUGCCAUUUACCAACCCAGCUCGAAAGGAUGGUGCUAUGUUUUUCCACUGGCGCCGAGCAGCGGAGGAGGGCAAGGACUACCCUUUCGCCAGGUUCAAUAAGACAGUACAGGUGCCGGUGUACUCAGAGCAGGAGUACCAGCUCUACCUUCACGAUGAUGCAUGGACUAAGGCAGAGACUGACCAUCUCUUUGACCUCAGCCGCCGAUUUGAUUUGCGCUUCGUAGUUAUUCACGAUCGGUAUGACCACCAGCAGUACAAGAAGCGUUCUGUGGAGGACCUGAAAGAGAGGUACUACCACAUUUGUGCUAAGCUUGCCAACGUGAGGGCUGUGCCAGGUACAGAUCUCAAAAUACCAGUAUUUGAUGCUGGACAUGAGAGACGGCGGAAGGAACAGCUGGAGAGACUUUACAACCGAACCCCAGAGCAGGUGGCAGAGGAGGAGUACCUGCUCCAGGAGCUUCGUAAGAUUGAGGCCCGGAAAAAAGAGCGGGAGAAGCGCAGCCAAGACCUGCAGAAGCUGAUUACCGCAGCAGACACCACCGCAGAGCAGCGGCGCACAGAACGCAAGGCUCCCAAGAAGAAGCUACCCCAGAAGAAGGAGGCCGAGAAGCCGGCUGUUCCUGAGACUGCGGGCAUCAAGUUCCCAGACUUUAAGUCAGCGGGUGUGACAUUACGGAGCCAGCGGAUGAAGCUGCCCAGCUCUGUGGGUCAGAAGAAGAUCAAGGCGCUGGAACAGAUGCUGCUGGAACUUGGUGUGGAGCUGAGCCCUACGCCCACAGAGGAGCUGGUGCAUAUGUUCAAUGAGUUGCGGAGUGACCUGGUGUUACUCUACGAGCUCAAGCAGGCCUGUGCCAACUGUGAAUAUGAGCUGCAGAUGCUACGGCACCGGCAUGAGGCUCUGGCUCGGGCAGGAGUGCUGGGGGGCCCUGCCACACCAGCAGUGGGACCAACCCCAGCGUCUGCUGAGCCAACAGUGUCUGAAUCUGGACUUGGUCUUGACCCUAGCAAGGACACCAUCAUUGAUGUCGUGGGUGCACCGCUCACACCCAAUUCGCGGAAACGACGGGAAUCAGCCUCCAGCUCAUCUUCUGUGAAGAAAGCCAAGAAACCAUAAGGGGCCAUCAGAGUUGGUGGUAUGGUGUAAAUAGAGCUGUUAAGUUGGACUGA